AUGGAAGAAGCUCGUCAAGGGAAGAAAAUGCAACCUGUAUUGUUAACAGGUCAUGAUGAAGAAGCUGUUGUGGAUAUGGGCAAAAUCAGCUCUACUAUCAAUACAAAUUUUGAGAAAGAAGAACUAGAGAGCCACAGAGCUGUGUAUAUUGGAGUUCAUGUCCCACUUGGAAAGUCAGGCCGUCGACGGCAUAGGCAUCGUGGGCACAGGCACCAUAGAAGAAAAAAAGAAAAAGAAACUGAUAGAGAGGAUGGCCGAGAAUCUCCAUCAUAUGACACACCAUCCCAACGAGUGCAGUUUAUCUUGGGUACCGAAGAUGAUGAUGAACACAUUCCUCAUGAUCUCUUCACUGAAAUGGAUGAACUUUGCUUCAGGGACGGAGAAGAAUAUGAAUGGAGAGAAACUGCUAGGUGGCUGAAGUUUGAAGAGGAUGUUGAAGAUGGCGGUGAUCGAUGGAGCAAGCCUUAUGUAGCAACUCUGUCUCUGCACAGUCUCUUUGAACUGCGGAGCUGUAUUCUUAAUGGGACGGUCAUGUUGGACAUGAGAGCAAACACACUUGAUGAGAUAGCAGAUAUGGUUUUGGACAGCAUGAUUGCCUCUGGCCAGCUGGAUGAAUCCAUAAGAGAGAAUGUGAGAGAGGCUCUUCUAAAGAGGCACCAUCAUCAGAAUGAGAAAAAAUUCAGCAGUCGGAUUCCUCUAGUUCGGUCUUUCGCAGAUAUAGGCAAGAAACAUUCUGACCCUCUCUUGCUUGAACGAAAUGGGGAAGGCCUUUCAGCCUCCCGCCACUCUUUGCGAACAGGUCUCUCUGCCUCAAAUCUUUCCCUGAGAGGAGACAGCCGUUUGUCAGUUCUUCUCAGUUACCUUCUUCCUUCUUCAAGAGCUGGGACCCCGGCAGCCUCAAGGUGUACAACCCCCGUAACCACCCCUCAAAACACACCACCCUCCAGCCCUACCUGCAGGCUCCCGCCAGCCACAAGUGCCCAGCCAAGCCCACUUCAGGGCAAGGAAUUGCUGGUGUCACCUGCCAGUGAUGAUAUUCCUUCAGUAGUAAUCCACCCACCUGAGGAGGACUUAGAAGUGCAGGAAAGCCAGGAAAAGAAGACAGAGGAAACUAUUGGCAAAACACCAGGGCUAUUGGCAUCUCCACAGUCAGCACCUGGAAAUUUAGACACCGGAAAAAGUGGAGAUGUUAAAGGUACUGGGACAGGAGGAAGCAGAGAAAACAGCACAGUUGAUUUUAGUAAGGAGUCAGCCUCCUGGCACUGUAGUUGUGGCACACUUGGUGUGGGACUCAAGAGGCCAUCUGUUGAUAUGAACUUCAUGAGGAAAAUUCCUUCAGGAGCAGAAGCAUCAAAUGUUUUAGUGGGAGAAGUAGAUUUUUUAGAAAGACCUAUUAUUGCUUUUGUGAGGCUCUCCCCUGCAGUGCUUCUCUCGGGUCUCACAGAGGUUCCAGUCCCUACACGGUUUUUGUUUUUGUUGCUGGGACCAGCAGGAAAAGCUCCACAGUACCAUGAAAUUGGACGAUCAAUAGCAACACUUAUGACAGAUGAUGUUUUCCAUGAUGUUGCCUAUAAAGCAAAAGACCGAAAUGAUUUGUUGUCAGGAAUUGAUGAGUUUUUAGACCAAGUGACAGUCCUGCCUCCGGGAGAGUGGGAUCCAUCUAUACGAAUUGAGCCACCAAAAAGUGUUCCUUCUCAGGAGAAAAGGAAGGCACCUAAAUUUCCAAAUGGAUCUACUCCUACAGGAGAGGCUCUUAAAGAAGAAGGCCAUCAUGCUGGACCUGAACUUCAGAGAACUGGAAGGCUUUUUGGUGGUUUGAUACUUGACAUCCAAAGGAAAGCACCUUUUUUCUUGAGUGACUUCAAGGAUGCAUUAAGCCUGCAGUGCCUGGCCUCGAUUCUUUUCCUAUACUGUGCCUGUAUGUCUCCUGUAAUCACUUUUGGAGGGCUCCUGGGAGAAGCUACAGAAGGCAGAAUAAGUGCAAUAGAGUCUCUCUUUGGAGCCUCAUUAACUGGCAUUGCCUAUUCUCUGUUUGCUGGGCAACCUCUUACUAUCUUGGGAAGCACAGGACCAGUUCUAGUAUUUGAAAAAAUAUUAUUUAAAUUUUGCAGGGAUUAUGGUCUUUCCUACCUCUCCCUGCGAACCAGCAUUGGUCUGUGGACUGCAUUUCUUUGCAUUGUGCUUGUAGCCACAGAUGCCAGCAGCCUCGUAUGCUACAUCACUCGAUUCACUGAGGAAGCUUUUGCAGCACUCAUAUGCAUCAUAUUUAUUUAUGAGGCAUUGGAAAAGCUUGUUCAUCUGGGAGAAGUGUAUGCCUUCAAUAUGCACAAUGAUUUGAAUAAACUGACUUCAUAUUCAUGUGUGUGUACUGAGCCUGAUAAACCAAGCAAUGAAACAUUGCAUGUGUGGAGGAUUAUGAAUAAAUCUGGUGAAGAUAUAGCAUGGAGUAACCUUACAGUUUCUGAAUGUUUAGAAUAUCAUGGUGUGUUUCGUGGAUCAGCUUGUGGCCAUCAUGGACCAUAUAUUCCAGAUGUUCUCUUCUGGUCUGUCAUACUGUUUUUCACAACAUUUUUCCUCUCCUCUUUCCUUAAAAAAUUCAAGACCAAACGCUAUUUCCCAACAAAGGUGCGUUCCACCAUCAGUGACUUCGCAGUAUUUCUGACCAUAGUAAUCAUGGUUUUGAUUGACUAUCUUGUAGGAGUACCUUCUCCUAAGCUUCAGGUUCCAGAGAAGUUUGAACCUACCCGAAAAGACCGAGGAUGGUUCAUAGAUCCUCUUGGAGGUAAUCCUUGGUGGACACUCUUGAUUGCUGCUCUUCCUGCUUUACUCUGUACCAUUCUCAUUUUCAUGGAUCAACAAAUAACAGCUGUUAUUAUAAACAGGAAAGAACAUAAACUGAAGAAAGGCUGUGGUUAUCAUCUUGAUCUGCUCAUGGUUGGUAUUAUGUUGGGAAUAUGUUCUCUCAUGGGCUUGCCAUGGUUUGUUGCUGCAACUGUCCUGUCUAUAAGUCAUGUUAACAGCCUGAAAGUUGAAUCUGAGUGCUCAGCACCAGGAGAGCAACCAAAGUUUUUGGGAAUCCGGGAGCAGCGAGUGACAGGAUUGAUGAUUUUUGUGCUGAUGGGGAUGUCAGUGUCCAUGACCUCUGUGUUAAAGUUUAUUCCGAUGCCAGUUUUGUAUGGCGUCUUUCUUUAUAUGGGAGUAUCUUCAUUAAAAGGCAUUCAGUUUUUUGAUCGUAUAAAACUGUUUGGAAUGCCUGCCAAACAUCAACCGGACCUGAUUUAUCUACGUUAUGUGCCACUCUGGAAGGUCCAUAUCUUUACAGUUGUUCAGCUCACUUGUCUAGUUCUGUUGUGGGUGAUUAAGGCUUCUGCAGCUGCUGUUGUUUUCCCUAUGAUGGUUCUAGCAUUAGUGUUCAUUCGCAAGCUCAUGGAUUUAUGUUUCACCAAAAGAGAGCUUAGCUGGCUUGACGAUCUUAUGCCGGAAAGUAAAAAGAAGACAGAAGAUGACAAAAAGAUAAAAGAGAAAGAAGAAGCAGAGAGAAUGUUUUCAGACAAUGACAGUGUACACCUUGCAUAUGGAGAAGCAAAUCUGGAUUUUCCUGUAAAAACUCUGAAAUACAGCAUUGAUCCCUCAGUUGUAAACAUAUCAGACGAAAUGGCCAAAACUGCACAGUGGAAGGCUCUUGCCAUGAGUACUGAGAAUGCCAAAGUAACCAGAGCUAACCUGAGCCCUGAAAAACCAGAAAGUGUGAAAAUAGAAGUGGAAAAUGCACCUGUUGUGAGAUAUGUGGAUGCUGAAACAUCUUUAUAG